AGCUCCACAUCACGCCCAACCCGCUCCCUGGGAAACCCACACCACUGCUUCUCUCCCCACUCAGCACCCUCUGAUCACCCAACACCCUCUCUUUCAGGUACCCUCCACCCCACAGCCAUGUCCUGCUACGACCUCUGCCGCCCCUGCAGUGGGGGACCCACCCCACUGGCUAACAGCUGCAACGAGCCCUGUGUCAGGCAGUGCCAGGACUCCCAGGUCGUCAUCCAGCCCUCCACCGUGGUGGUCACCCUGCCGGGACCCAUCCUCAGCUCCUUCCCCCAGAACACCGCCGUCGGAUCCUCCUCAUCAGCUGCCGUGGGCAGCGCCCUCAGCGCCCAGGGAGUGGCCAUCUCCUCCGGCGGCUUCGGCUUCGGAGGCCUGGGCUGCUUCAACGGCGGCAGAGCCCGCUACCCCUGCUAAGGGCCUGCGCCCACACCCUCACACCAACCACCUGCACCCUGCAAGGCGCCUCACGCACUGACCUCACGUCUCUGUGUCACCUAUGGCCCAAGGGCUCACCAGC